CGUGUGGUUUCAUUCAUAACUACAGUCUUCAUUUGAAGCCCAAAUUAAAGUAUGCAGACGGGGCAGGCUGCCUGUGGACCGCCGCUUCUCACGGAGUCUACAGCCGGGCUGAGAGCAGACGACGCAGAGAUGUGGGACAGCCCCGAUCGGAGGGUUUUCGGAGGAGAGAGGAAGAUGCUGCUGAUGCUGAUGCUGAGGCUGCUGCUGCUGCUGAGCGCCGCCGGCUGCAGCGGGUCGCUGUAGUCAGUCUGCACAGAGCGGAGGGAAGCUGCUCCAACACCGCCUGUAUAGACCGGUUCACUCACGCUGACCUGGACCAUGAGCAAUGAUUUGCCUGUUCUGACAAGUCUGACUGAGAACUCCACUGAUGUGCCUGUGUCAGCGGGUCAGGUGGAGAACUAUGUGCUGCUGUUGGUGCUGCUGAGUGUUUUCGCCGGGGGGAUGCUGGUCCUGCUCUCCCUGCUGCUCCUCUUCUGUCACCGCUGCUGCAUGGGUGGUCGACGCUACUCCAGAGCCAGCGAUGACCCUGAGAAGACAAACACCACUUAUGCUGAGGAUUCUCAGCCCACCCAAGAGAUCACCAUUCAUAUGGAUGAAUCAGACGCUCUCUCAGCUGUGAGCUGUCACGAUGGAGAGUCAGAGCGAUUUGUCUCCACUGGCUCUACUGGACGCAGAGUCUCCUUUAAUGAAUCUGCACUUUAUGAACAGGAGAAGACGACUCAGGACAAGGGACGCAGAUACACUCUGACGGAGGGAGACUUCCACCACCUGAAAAAGGCUCGGCUCACCCACCUUCACCUGCCUCCAGCCCCCUGUGACCUGAAGAUCCUCACCAUCAUGGAGUGCGACUCAACAGAGAGCAGCACCAUCAACAUCAAUGAGGCCGCAGCUCCCAAACUGCCCCUCACCAUCUACCAGCCUGCCGAGAGAAGAGUCCCCGACUGGGUGGGACCGAGCCUCAGCGGAGGACUGCCUGGAGACCCGCACCACUCCACCAUCCUGGACCAGGGCCCCAGACAGGCAUCAUCAUCCAUGAAAGCACACCACACACGCUCCCAGACAAUGGAGGCUAUCGGGGACAGGGGAGAGGCUGAGAGCGAAAGGGGGAUGAGAGGAGAGUUGACUCAAGCUCCGGGCCAGACUUCAGUUCUACAUUUCUUCUCUAAAUUGCGACGCCAUGCCAGUCUUGAGGGGGCGGGGCCUUACUUCAGGAGGUGGAAAUUUGACAGUAGUCACCGGGCUGCCAGCCUGGAUGCCAAAGGAUCCCCGAAGAGAAGGCCCUUCCAGAGACAGAGAGCUGCAAGUGAAACCACUGAUCACACCGAAGACGACUCUGCAUCUCUCCAAGAUGACUCUUUCCCACACUCCCCCAUCCAGACCAGUGGCCUACAGUCUCUCUCCGCAGAGUCUCUGUCUCACCACGACACAGUACCCACAUCCUCAGUCAUCCUCAGCAGGCUACAGCUGGAGGCCAUGGUGGAGGUAGGUGGUAGCAGCAGCACUAGAAGAGGGGAUCUCUGUUCACCAACAAAUGAUUGUCACGCCCAGAGACAAGAGGAGGUCACAGCCAACGGGACAGGAGUAGAAAAAGAAACAAAGUUCAGUGCACUUAUAAGAACAGAGGCAGAGGGAGUCGAGCUAGAGUCGGUGGAAGAUGAUGACUUGUUUGGCGCACAACAAGAAGCUGCAGUACAGCAAAGGUUUGAGGACAUGUUAAGGACAACAAAGACAGACUGCAUGACGUCAGAUGUGAGGAAAAAGAGCGAAGCAGAGGCAGAAGAUGGAGAAGAGGUGGUUUUGGGAGCUGAGGCCAGACGAAGGACUGACUCAGGCUCAUCUCUUACCUUCAUGAUCCGCCAGGAGAGCUCGGAGGCUCCUCCCUCCCUGUACAAGGACAUCUGGAGCUUGCGAGCCUCUCUGGAGCAAUAUGCCUCCUCAGACCAGAGCAGCACAGAUCGGGAGUCCAUCCGCAGUGAUGCCGACAGCGUCUCAUCCUUUGGUGGUGCAGGAGCUCGCUCUGGCCUGGACAGCUGCUUGUCCCAAGACCUGGACGAUGAGCCUGAAGGAGAAGGGGAUGGAGAGAUGUUGGAGGGAGGGAUCAGAGGGGCGUCAGGUGGGGACAGUGAGGUGGGGAGUGGAGCUGGAGGAGAGGGUGAGGCAGGGAACCGUAAGCUCCUCCAGAUGGACAGUGGCUAUGCCUCCAUUGAAGCACCAUCCAGGGCCCCUGAGGAAAUGCGACUUUUUGGGACUCCUGGAGCUCCUCGAGGGAAGACGGCUUCUGAGAGAAGGUUGUUCUUCACCAGCUCUGGGAGAAAAGGUUCGGUGUGCGAGAGCAUUGAGGCCCGGCUGUUUCAGGAGGAGCUGGAGGAUGAGAUGGCCGACAGCACGGAGACAGAGGAGAAACUAAAGGAGAGAUCUAAAAAUGGCGGUCAGUCUCUUACCCUUCAAGAACCUCAUCAGCUUCUUAAAUCCCUUCAUCCUCAGAAACCUCAAGAAUCACAAUCGCAGCUGAUGUCUCCACUAAUGAAGCCAAUCUCACAGCCCUCUAGUCCUCAUAAGCCCCGUCUCCGCCGCCGUGACUACAGCAUCGAUGAGAAGACAGAUGCUCUUUUCAAUGAGUUCCUCCGCCAUGAUCCACGCUUUGACCAGCAGGAUUCUCCGCUGCGUUCCAGGCACCGAUCCAGAGUUCACCUCCGGAAACAGUGGCAGAGACACAAGCAAUACAGUGACCCAGGGUCAGGUGCUGGGGGUAGGUACUCCCCAUCUUUGGAGAGGCAGAGAUUCACUCCGUUGCGGAGAGGUGACAGUGCAGGUUACCCUCUGGACACCAGGUAUCACAGCACACUGUCACGCAUUGCGAGUGCCGCCGAUGAAGAAGCCAGUGAGACUGCAGCUUGUGAGGAAGCAGCCAAAGAAAGCACAGAGAGCAAAGAUGUGUCGAGUGAAGGAGCUGCAGGGGAUGUCGCAGAAAGUAAAGCAACCUCUGAAGGCACUGACGCAACAAAGAGCUGUGCAGAAUCGACCGGUGAGGGCUGCCAGGCCUCUAAAAAAAAGGACAAAGAAAGCACAACAAGCCCGUCUUUGACCACUCUUACUACAAAGACAAACCACAUGAAUCCGAGAGUCGACAACAGAAACAACAACAGUAGUCAAGCUAUUCUAUCAGAGGUCUCCCUGGAGAGCAGCCUGUCAGAAAAGCUGGCUGUGUCAGUGGAAGAGAGGCUCUACGGUGGCCUGCGCAGCGCAGAGAAGCUUGGCCAGGGAGGAACAGAGCGUGUGCUUACCGUGUCACACACAGCCUCACCUGGCUUCAGUCCCAUAUAACUUGUUAACAAGCCCAUCUUCUUCAUCAACUUUAUUUCAAAUCCAUUAUCUAUAGACGACAGACUCGAACAAAAUGGUUUAUAGCACUUCAAACAUCAUCUUGUGUUAGAUACUUGGUCAAUCUCUGCGUCCCUUACAUUUGGACAACAUAACUGAUGCAUCAAAACACAAAUAUAUCCUAAAGUACAGAAGUAACUUCUUUCUCAAUGGCCAGUCUCUUCCAGCGUUUCCAUUCAGACCUUAUUUUCCACUGUGAUGCCAUGUGACAUGUGAUGCCCCCCUCCCCUUUAUAGAGUGCUGUAGGGAUGAUGUUUAUUUGUGGGCCAACAUGUAAGUUAGCGUGGCCCUGGUUCCCUCGAAAAAAAAAGCCUAUGUGAUUUCUCAAUUGGGUUUUGGAUUAUUGCAGAAAAUAAGGUCUUUGGCAAACAAACGUUUAUGAUACUUACGUGUUUUGUUCUGCAAGAUAAUCAUGACAAAUGAGCACCACUUUUAUGAUUUUUUUGUAAGCGUAGAUGAAAUCUCCAGAAGUAAAAAGGUAACAUUAGGCUAUAAAAGAACAACAUCAUGGUCGCAUGGCCUCAAAGUUGCCACCACAACAACGCUGUAAAGCUGCGGGCACAUACAAGCUGAAUACAUUGUGCACCAUUUGCUACAGUUUCCAGAUUGAAUGACAUGUUUUCUUAAAGAAAGCUUGGUGGUUGCGUCAGAGGUGUUACCCCAUCAGCAGCAACGUCUAUAUUAAACCAAAUUAUUGCAGAUCUUUACUUAUUGUGCAUAAUUUUUUUAUUAUGUCACACUUGCUCUGGCAAUGUAAAAUAUGUUUCCCAUGUCAAUAAAGCCCUUUAAAAUUAAUUAUUAUGAAUGAAACCCUGCAAUAUUAAAAGGCGGUUCACCUGUGUAUCACGACAGAGUUUUCAAGGCACCACCGUUUCAGAUUAAAUAAACAUUCUGCUAUGUUUUUUCAGGGCAGAAUGCACCCCAUUUUUGGCAAGAUGAUGCUCUGAACUCUCAUUAAAACAUUUGCUGACAACCAUUUUUUUUAAAAAGACAUGUAAAGGCCUCAAGGAGUUUGGUAUUAAUGGACAUGGUUUAUGUCUUACAACAAAACAUGUAAAUCUCUUACGCUUGUGUUACUCACAGACCUUAUUUCAGUCAUCUACCCAAAAACCCAUUAAGAAAACCAAUGACUUUGAGAUGAGGGAACAGGGAGUGCUAAAAUACUAACCCAUUCCACAUUCUGGGACUCAUUCCUGCAGAGCUCUAUUGGUACCCUUUCUUAAAAUCAAUGAGUUCAUUAUAUAGCUUUGAAAAUAUAGCCCCAUCUUUAGUAAAAAAUAAAUAUUUUCAGACUUAACUGUGAAUUUUCAGCAUGCUACUGUAUGUCCAAACAAUGUGUAUGUGAAUACUGUACAGUUUUAACUUAAAAACAAAAAGCACUUUGACGGGAAGAAAGGUAACGGUGGAGUUUCUGUCACCCAUUUCUCUCAUUUUUAAAAAUCAUAUCCUCCUCAAGUGUCCUUCUUGUCUCGAUCACCAUGAGGGUAAAUGUCUCCAUGGAAGCUUGUGGUUUCUGCAUUUGGCGAUGGGAAGUACACUGAUCAUGUCACAGCCCUCUAUCAUUAACGACAUAUCAGCAGAUCUAGUGAAUACACAAAUGGAAUGCCCAGACUAUACAGAUUAAAAACACUGAUCUAAAAUAUGUACAUCAAGAAUUUUUUAUACUCAUAUUUCAUCUAUUUUUAUAGGAUUUUUGUUAGUCAUUGGUCCUGUUAUUCAUCACAAUUAAGGAGGCGGUAUCCAGGAGCUUCCGUGGGCUCGGGUGAAAUGUUGUCUCACUGCUGGGACUCUGCUGAGGGGGAGACUGACAGAUGAUACUUAAAGUGACUGACACAGGAGCCUCUCAGGCUUUCAGACAGAUGGUCCAGUGAUACAGAGUUGAGGCUGUGAAAAUGGAGGUUGAAACUGAAUAGCUGAGCCAUUGUCUGCUCCCACACCGUGGCAGAAUGGGAUAUACUUGCUCUGCAUUGCUAAAUAAAAUUUAAGUCUGGUGAUAUUCUGUUUUUCUUCUUGUCAACAAAUGCCCAAAAGGCCAAAACUAAAAAAUAAUUAAUCCUACUUGUGUAGCCAAAGCCUCGUAUAGCUUAUUCCUCUCCAUUGUUGUCCAUAGAUGGGCGUAUUCAAGUAUUUCCUUUAAACUAAUAUGGAGUACUGGCAAAACAAACAAGUGCAAUUUUACAUUCAUAUUUUAACAAACAGGCUUCAAUUAGCUUAAUAAACUAUAAAUUCAAGGUUAGCAUAAUGAAAAAUUAGCAACCUUGCACUUGCUGCCAUUACAUAGCUUAACUUGGACGCUGCAUUGACGGACUGCUCUUCUCGCGGGCAGUUCAACGUCUAUCCAGUUAGCGCGAGCUAACGGCUAACAUCAGAAACGGGCCGUUUAACGGUCCUUACAAAUUCAAAUCGACACAGAAACGGCUCGACUUUGACAUUUAACCCGUUAAUAACCGUUACGUAAUAUUUAGCCGUGUGAUGCUAACAGUUAGCUCCUUCACUGUGAGUGUGUGUGUCUAUAGGCGGACUCUCACUGUUCCCUGGUGUGGACCUCACAGUCCAGCCGCGACAGGAGAGCGACAGCAGGGCCAGGAGCUGCUGAUAAAAGUAAUGAACUGUAACAUUACUUACCUCUACAAUAAAAUACGAUUUAUUAAUACCAUUUUAAAUAGUUGGCAAAAAAAACCCCAACUAUAUUAAAAAAAAAAUUCACAAGGGUUAGGCAGCGAAUACCAGCGUCCAAAACAAUUUCUCAAUAUCGUCACGCAAAAUAUCGCGAUACUACACUAUCAUUUCCGCCCCACCCAGGGCAGUAUUAAGUCCAUUUGUGGGUUUGAAGAUUAGUAACAUCAGAAAUGUCGACUUCUAAGCACAAGAUCUUGACUCAUUUUGACAAUUUAGAUGGAUAAAUAAAACCAGAUAAAAUAUUUAUGGCAAUUAUGAUGUCACAAAUUCAAGACUUUUCAAUUACUUUUAAGGCCCAAUAUUCAUAAAACUGUUUUUAAAGCAUUUUACGACAUUUGAAGGACCUGUAGACACCCUGUUGUCAAUAUGCACAAAAUGUUUUAAUGCACAGCUUUGUGCAAAAUUUGUGCAAAAUUUGUGCACCAAAAUUCACUCUUUACUCCAAAAAACAGUGCUCAGCUGUUUUAGUAAAUUAUUUAGCCUCUAAAAGAUAAAGGCAUGUAUUUGUCACCCAGAACUACGGGAUACAUUAAUAUGGAUCGAGAAAUCAAUUCAAUUGAUCCAGUGUUACUGAUGUAAAGCGAUUCAUAUUGUCAUCUUUAGGAUACACCUUUAUUUUGAAAUUCCCAUGGCACUUGUGUGAUACCAUUUCUGUCUUCUUCAAGAUUCAAGCAGUGCUAGCCGCAUAACAGAGGCAGAUAAUGUCAAGCAGCCAAGAAAAAGGCCGUGAGGAAAUUUAGUCGUAUCGUCUCAUAUCAAUCACAGCCUCCUGAAUUCAACGUAAUCAAAAUUGUAUCAUGCCAGAUUUUGUGCUAACAGCAAAUGCUAUUGUUGUCCGAAGAACUGAUAUAUCAUAUUGAGAUGGAACUUGUGAUUUACACCCCUAAGAAACAACCCUUGUUGGUUUUCAUUCAAUUUGUGGACAUUAAUAAAAAUAUAGAAUAUUGGCAGCCCUACCCUUGAGGUAAUACUCUGCAGAUAUCCUGUCUUCACACGUUAAAGUCACAGGUUUAACAGCUUUCCCUCCACUCUCUCUGCCAGUAUGGAUGUAAAAUGUAAUAUUCGCUUUGCAUUCAUGUUAAAUUGCAUCUCUUCAACACGAGAACAUUGCUGCAUGUUAUGUGUGAUGUCAUCUGGGAAACUGCGAUGGUGGGUACAGCUUGUCCCUCUUUCCUUUCACACGGACUUCGGUUUGAGCUACAGUACAUGACUGUGUGUAUGUUAUGAAACUCAUGUCUCUGUCCUCAUCCAUGGUGAACCAUCUGCUUUAUUGUAAAAAGAGUAGUGCAGAAAAUCCAAAUGUCUUGCAGCCUUGACAAAGGCUAGACCUUGUGGGACCAACUGAGGCACAUAUUCAUUUUGGACUGAACAUUUUUCUGAAUAAAACAAAUAAAAGUGACUCCCCAA